AUGAGCGGGGCCCUGAGCAGAUUGAUGCCGAACUUAAGAGGACCAAGCGAGCAUAAAAGAAGACUAUUUUACACUGUGGUCUUGUCGGUUGUGAUAUACGCGUCGCCGGUGUGGAGUCCGACAUAUAGCAGAAACAGGAGAUUGCACCCUAUACUAAGAGGCGUUCAAAGAACGAUAGCACUGCGGAUGGCGGCGGCAUACAGGACGACCUCGCUGGACGCGGCAACGCUUCUGGUCAGGGUGCCGCCCGUGGAGUUUCUGCUGACGGCGAGGGAGAGACUGUACGAGAAGGGCAGCGCUGCCCGGGCGGCCGGAGCGUGGACCAGGGAGGCGGCUGAGGAGGCAAGGGCGGAAAUCUCAGAACAGACUAGAGCGGAGUGGAGAGAGCACCUGGGAAAGCUAAAUGUCGCGGGUGCUAGGACAAGAGAGGCUAUACUACCAGUGUUUGAGGAAUGGAUGAACCGGGGUUACGGAAAAGUUACCUUUAGGAUAACCCAGCUGCUGACGGGUCACGGGUGCUUUGGGACCUACCUCAGACGGAUAGGUAAGGCGGUGUGCCCGUACUGCUGGGAAGAAGGAGGGGAAGGGGAAAUCGACUCAGCAGAGCACACGAUUGCGGACUGCAGAACCUGGAGUGCGGAACGCGCGGAGCUAACCACGGUGAUUGGAGAAGACCUGUCUCUGAGAGGAGUGGUGCAACAGAUGGUCGAGACGAGGGAGAAGUGGGCCGCUUUCUCUCUCUUCGUCGAGAGGGUAAUGAGGAGCAAGGAGGAGGCUGAACGGAGACGCCAAGAACAGGAGCGGGAAGCCCAAAUGGCCGCGGGGGGAAGGGUGCUAGAUGGCCGUGGCGCUGGAGGAGCACGGGGAUCAGAGGAGUGGACUCGGACGACCACCUGGACCGCUCAGAGGAUUGAAGCCCCUUGA